CGAGUAGUUCUAAUACGGACUUGCUUUUAUGGGAAGUUCAAUGUAAGCACAGUAAAUGUGCACAAAAGAUCCAGAAGGUAUUUGGUAUCGAGUCCUCGAGCGGUCACAUGUGGUCUUUCGAUUGUCAAAAAGUAUCAGCCUUUUCAACGCGUGGAAACUCCGAAACACUUGACUGGCAUGGCAAUCAGAAACUACCGGUGACUGAAGGACGGGUCCCUAACAGCGUCUUUUCCCUACCGUUUGACACCUCUUCACAGUUACGCAUUCGUAGUAGUGUAGCGCCAUAUCGGAAGAAUCAUGGCUUUUUGACAGCUACCAUCAACGAUACAACCAAUAUGACAUAUCACCAGCAGCAGAGAGGAUUUUGCAUUGUACUAAAUCGAUCUGAAAAGCAAUGGGAUAUCUGUGUUCAGCCUGGAUUUCCUCAGGUAUUGACAUUUUCCAGGGCAUACAGCUGGAAAGACAGGAACAACAGCUCAAAGGCACCUCCACUCUACAGAAGCAGAACGGCUUAUUAUGACAUCCUUAAGGUAUCCCCAAGCGCCACGCAAGCCCAGAUAAAGACGGCGUACUAUAAACAGUCAUUUAUAUAUCAUCCGGACAAGAAUCCUGGCAACGAAGAGGCCACGCAGCGCUUCUCAGAAAUCAGCGAGGCUUAUACGGUUUUGGGCAGCAUCGCUCUAAGGAGGAAGUAUGAUCGGGGCAUCUUGAGUCAGUCUGAUGUACAGGGAGCUGGAAGACCCUCUGCUAAGGAAACGCAAACUCCGAGCAGCUCCACAGCCCAGCAGCAGAAGAGGCCGCGCCACUCACACGCCACGGGUAUGGGUGGGAAGAAGGUGUUCGAUUUUGACGCCUUCUAUCAGGCUCACUACGGCCAGCAGCUCCAGCGAGAGCAGGAGCUUCGCUUGCGGAAGGAGCAGCUGCAGGAAAAGCAGCAGGCUGAUUUCGACAAGUGGAAAAUGGGAAAGUUGACUGAGUUUUCAGUAGGGUUGCUGUUCGUCUUGGCGGCGUUUGUCUGGACAAGUCUGAAAUGA